AUGGAAAUUGCAAUGUUGAUAAAUAUGAUAAUGAUGGAUAUGAUAAUGUAUGUGUACGAGGAGAAUAAUAAUAGUAAUAUUGACAGAAGUGAAGAAAAAGAAGAUACGGUUGGGACUAUUUAUUAUAAAGGAAUUCCUAAGGAUACUUGUCCAACUAAAGUGAAACGUGAAAAUUCGUUGAAACAAAAAUUAGAUGCACAAUCAUAUCAAUUCUCACUUGAUGAGAAAGUUUUGCCAAUGACCUUUAUCUUGUGA